AUGGUGUGUAAAGGGGUCGUCAAGACAGUACGGUCGCACAACACCUGCAGCGCGUUACGGAAAAGAGUGUUCACCGAGGAGUACGUGGAACCCUCGAUCACUAAGAGUUGUAGGCGAUCGCCGAUUGGAAGUCCACCAAGCCCACUUCGGCGUUGGUGGGACGGGGGUGCCGCCGCAUACGCGCAAUGGUGUACCCUUGAUCCGUUAAGAUGAGUUGCUUGGCGCAGUCGACCACAAGGGACUGGUCGGACCACGACAAGGCGAGAUCUUUAUCUUCGCCAAUCCACAGAAAACCAAGCCUUUGGCCAGACAGGCGGGACACGAGGAUGAACACGCCGACAAGUCGCCUACCGGCGACAGAGUGGCGGAUGGGAACAGUGGAAUUAA